UAAUUUUAACCACUGGCGCCAUCUGGGCUUCGUUUUGCACGGUCAACCAUCCAUAGCCUUUUCCUUUCAACCAAUCAACUAUUUGAAUGCAGUCGUCUUAACAUGCUAUGUUUCACUUAGUAUGAAUGUCUCUUAUAUUUGUACAGUUUGUGAAAAUUUAAUGAAAAUCUGGAGAAAUUACUUUGAAUCUGGCAAUCAAAACACAAUCUCGUUUUUUUUUUUAUUCGCUACGUGAUCCGUGAACAAUUCAGCAGCAGUUUCUCUUCUCUUUAGAAAUCGUAAAUCGACUUUUUUUUGUGUUUUCUUGGGGAAUAACGUAAGCGUCAUAGAGUGUGUGUUUUCAAACAGUGAAGUUGUGCUCUCUGAACUCUUCAUCUGGAUUUUGGCAUAUUGAAGCUUAUUAUUAACUUUUGAGAUAUGGCACGUACUAAGCAAACUGCGCGUAAAUCAACUGGAGGAAAAGCUCCCAGAAAGCAGCUGGCUACCAAAGCUGCCAGAAAGAGUGCCCCAUCAACUGGUGGAGUGAAAAAGCCUCAUCGUUACAGGCCCGGUACUGUUGCUCUUCGUGAAAUCAGGCGUUAUCAGAAAUCUACUGAGUUGCUUAUCAGAAAGCUUCCAUUUCAGCGAUUGGUAAGAGAGAUUGCCCAAGAUUUCAAAACAGAUUUGCGUUUCCAGAGUGCUGCCAUUGGUGCAUUACAGGAAGCCAGUGAAGCAUACCUCGUUGGUUUGUUUGAAGAUACCAAUUUGUGCGCUAUUCAUGCCAAACGUGUAACCAUUAUGCCGAAGGACAUCCAGCUUGCUCGUCGUAUCCGUGGUGAGCGAGCUUAAUAAGCAUUUCUUUGUGGACAUUUUAUCAUCUCCAUCAGAAACAUUAUUGUGUGUCACGUCUUUAUCUAUAUUUUUUUUUUCAUUGUAAAUUUUGUGUUGUGCAUUUGGUGGGUUUAUGAUACUUAUGUAAUGCUGUAUUACCUUAAAAACAAAUAAAAGUAUCAAAAUUAAA